UUUUUGUGCAAAACUUUCUUCCUUAUAACUAUAAAUAAUAUUUUCCUCCUGAUUUAGAAAGUAGAUAACCAUGAGUUUGACACUAAAGUUUCUGCUUCUACUUUUCUUGAGUCAUCAUGUUUAUUCUGGCACUAUAGUCAAGUUCCUUCCUGGAUUUGAAGGCCCUCUCCCUUUCGAACUCGAAACUGGGUACAUUGGUAUUGGUGAGGAAGAGAAUAUACAAGUUUUCUACUAUUUUAUCAAAUCUGAGAAGAACCCAAAAGAAGACCCUCUUCUUCUAUGGUUAGAUGGAGGACCUGGAUGUUCUUCUCUGGGUGGCCUUCUUUUUGAGAACGGACCUUUGGCUUUGAAGUCUGAGGUUUACAAUGGAAUUACCCCUUCUUUGGUUUCCACUACAUAUUCAUGGACAAAGGUCGCUGAAAUGGCGAACAUAAUAUACUUGGAUCAACCUGUUGGAGCUGGCUUCUCCUACUCAAGAACUCCAAUAGGAAAAACUAGUGACACAAUUGAAGUUAAGAGGAUUCAUGACUUUCUACAAAAGUAUUAUUUGUAUUUUCUCAUUGAAUGUUGGGCCAACGACGAGAGAGUUCGCGAAGCGCUUCAUGUUACCAAGGGGACAAAAGGACAAUGGAACCGGUGUAAUUGGACAAUUCCAUACGAUAAUGAUAUUAUAAGCAGUGUACCAUAUCAUGCUAAUAACAGCAUCAGAGGAUACCGAUCUCUCAUUUAUAGGUUUGAGUUUUUUUUUUUUUUUUUGACUAUAGGUUUGACUUUUGAGUUAACAUUACUUUUCAACAACUAAUCUUGUUCCAUUUUUUUUUUUUGAAUGAAUAUAAAAGUAUAUUCAACCAAAAUAAAAGUUUUUGGUAUAUUAUAUAUAGCUUUUUCCAAAAGAAAUUUGAUAUAGCUAAAAAAUUAAACCCUUAAAACCAUGUUGAAAGCCAAGCUUGCAGACCAUCUCUGAACUUAGCAAGAUUAGUAAGCUAAACAGAGAAGAGCUUGUUACGAAUUGACCGGUCAAUAAUCUGAGUGAGCUUAAUCGGCGGACGUGGAGGGUCUCCAUGCCUGCGAUGAUUCCUCUCGAUCCAAAUAGUGUGGACAGUUGCUUGGAAGAGAAGCUUGAGUAAAAAGCUGGUCGUCCCUGUAAUCGUUGAGAAAGAUAGAAGAGAUAGAACCUGUACAAACCGAGUAGCAUAGUGGCUGCCAAAAAGCUUGCGGGCUAACGUGCCCAAAUCUGAGAGGAGUAAGAACAAGCGAAGAAUAAAUGCUCAAGCGUCUCCAUGGGCUCUUCACAAAAAAAAAACAGAAUAGAUCAACGCCCAUGUUCCAUGUUAGCAUAUGGUCACCAGUUGUAAGUCUGUUCUUCGCAGCCAACCAUAACAUAAAGAGUACUUGGUAACUGAUUCAAAAAAACCAAACACCCUUUGUAUCAGCUUACGGUUGGACCUGGUUGACGAAUCUGCAGCCACGUUUAUGAGGAAAAGAAGCAUAUGUCAUGGUCGAUUGCCUCCACAAUGCAAUGUCUGUCUCCAAACAUUGUCUUUUGUUUCUGAUUUUGUGGAUCUCCAAUUCCACUUUGUUUAGAAUGUCAAGUUUAUGAUGACGACUGCGAUGUAAAGAGAGAAUUGAGGCCAUAGUGGCAUAUGAUGGCACACCAAAGUCAAUGAAACCUCUCCCUCCAAGGAUCCUAUAUA